AGAGCGUCAUGCGAGCAUUUUUAUUUACGUAUUGUUGAUAUCUAGCGUGAUAAAAAUGGCGUCUACGUGGAAAAUGCGUUUAACGGUUGUUUAUUUAAGCAUCUUAUUUGUCCUGGCCAACGCACAAUCGAAACAAAUAACCAAGGAAACGGUUGUGUUAAAUGUGACAGCGGUUAGUGUAACUAACCAGACUAAGUACAGUGUACAGAUACAUUUAAAUAUAGGUCUUUUGGACAAUGAAACGUUUAUUAAUGGAGCUCUUCUCAAGCCUUCAGAAGUCACAAGGAUGACCUGUCCAGCUUUAUUGUUGGAUGGUUCUAAUGUGAGCUCUAGAAAUCUUACGGAUGGGUUGGUCAGCAGUGAGCUGAGGCUGAUGCUCAAUCAGUCAUAUGUUCAGAGUGAUGCUGGAGAGCAGCUUCUGUUACUCGUCCUGAGUCAGGAGAUAAUCCAGCUAGCAGAUGAAAAGGUCCAGCAGCCAGAUGUGUGUGAGGUGGAGAUCCUGUGGAACCAGAGCUCUGAGGAGAUCACACAGGUGACCAGUAUUUACCCUUCAUCAAGAAGCAAGCUCUCAGACAUCCCACGAGAGAGUGACGUCUUGGUGACUAAUGCAUCCAUACGUUAUACAGUUGAAGACCAAGUGCUUACUACCAGCCACUAUCUACUCAAACAUCCAGAGACCACUCAGGAGGAGAUCGCAGCUCCAGGGAAACUUCCUGAAACACCCUUGCGGAUGGACCCUGAAACUCUGUAUGAGUCCAGAGAGGAAGAGGAAAUGACUUCAGAUUCCUUACUGCUCGAGUCUCCUCUGAGUGGGUCUGUGUCCUCCUAUAGUGUUGCGUGUCAGUGGGUCAGGGGGCUGAGAGAGAAACUGAGGCGCUUCUGGUCUGACUCUAUCCCACUCUUCUUCUUGAUCAUGUGGGUGGUGGUGGUUGGUGUAGCAGGUUCAGCUGUCAUCAUUAAGAUCCUGGAUCUUUUGUUCCCCUCCUGUGAACAAAGGGGAUUUUUUCAUUUGAAUCCAGAGACUCUGAUGCCAGAUGAUGAAAAAACAGAGGCUAAUAGAUAACAUGGAGGGAGAAACAACUGAAAAAAGCAUUUUGAUAGAUAAGUGAUGGAUGCGUUCUCAUUAGUUCGGUUAUGUGGCUUUAUUUGGUUGACAAUACCAAUGAUUUCAAUGUAGCACUUUUAAAAGAAAAAAAAGAUUCCCCGACAUUUCCUAAUGAAACAGAUUUCUAUUUUCACAUCUGUGUCCGUUUAACAGCAUAAUCAGUAAACUACUUUUUGUAUUUUC